AUGCCUAAUAGAUCAUCAAUUUUCUAUCAAAAUUCAGAACAAUCAGUCUUUUUAAUCGACAUACCAGCGUCAAUCGAAAUAGCUCAGAUUCCUUCAUCUUCAACUCAUGCUAAGGACAAUAUUACAGACUUACCAGCACAAACCCAAUGUUACAGGCAAAUUUUCUCUUCAAAGCCUCUAGAGCAGCCAUAUCCAUCGCCUCCAGAGCCGAAAAGUGAGGCUGCGCGUGCUCGCCUGUUGUCUCGGAUCCCGGAAUCGGAGCUCUUGUUCCAUAAGAGUAUUGCAUCUUCUAUACAGAAGGGUGUUGAUGAAAUUCAGCAUGGGCUGCCUAGAGGAACGAAAUGGUGUGGACCUCGGAGGGUUAGCAGUGGUGUCACCGAGAGGGUGGAACAGAUGGCAGUAUACGAGCCAUCACGGAAGAGAUUAAAAUCAGAUCACUCAGUCAGGUAUACAGUCAACACGGAGAAACAGCCUCCAUUGAUACUCUCACCGUCAAGUAUCAAUCAGCUUGCAGGUUUGAUAGACCUUCAUGACCUUCAAGUUAAAAACCCUUCACCCCUGGAGGCAGCUACGUUGCGAGUCAAAGGGCCUGGCAUAGAUACUACAACAAGCUACACCGUUCCUCCAGCAUCAUCCUUCGUUUUAGGCGAUAUAUCACCCAGUCAAAUAUAUUCCGACUCGAAUAACUCUCCGAUUCCGAGAUUGCUAUCUACCGAAAAAUUCAAUAUAAUCCUCUUCGAUCCUCCGUGGCCUAAUCGCUCUGUGCGUCGGUCGUCACAGUAUCCUACCCAUGGAUACUUAGAGAUGGACUCCCUAGUAACAAUAAUGCAGCAAACAAUCAUCUCGCAUCUCAGCUUCGGAGAUGGCAGCAGCACCAAAAAAUCAAUGGUGGGUAUAUGGACCACCAACAAUGCAAAAUCGCGUCAAGCUGCAUAUGACGCCUUUUCGAACACGGGUCUUGAGAUGUUCGAAAUUUGGAUAUGGAUCAAGACUACCGAGAAUGGAGACCUGGUCUCGCCGUUGGAUGGGCUGUGGCGGAAACCAUAUGAAGUUUUGUUUCUGGGAAGACCAAAGAAGGAUACAGAAGAGGAUCAAGAACUCAUCAAGCGGAUCGUUGCAGCUGUGCCGGAUGAACAUUCGAGGAAACCGAAUCUAAAAGAAUUGUUGGAACUAUUGUUUUUUCGGGGUGAGGAAAAUGAGAUACGAGACACUUCCUUUACUAUCAAAGAAUACACUGCCCUGGAGGUCUUUGCAAGAAAUCUGACCGCUGGAUGGUGUGCUUGUGGAAACGAUGUGCUCAAAUUCAAUGCUGAUCAAUGGUGGUAUCAACCAUGA